UGUCAUGCGCUCUUGCGACCGCACGCUGCUAGUAGGAUUCUGUCACCAACCCUUUUACCCUCCCGGUCUACAAGGAAAUACCUCUAUAUUAUACCCUCUGUCACAUCGUCGUCUGUCUUUUGUGAGCAAAUGAGCUCGAGAACAAAAAGCAAGCCGUUGGCUAUAGCUACUGUCGUUGGUAGUCUUGCCACACUCGGAUACAUGUAUAUUGCUGGCAUGCAGAUCAAGAAGGAAGAAGGGUCUGCAUCAAUCUUCAAGGAACCUAAGGGACCGGGCAACCUCACGAAUUCAGGGAGUGAUGCGCGGAUGAGUUCUGCUGCUGUACGAUCAGCAGUACACGGGGAUCGGAAAUCGUGAUGUUCAAAAUGUCGAAAGGGACAGUAUACGUCAAAACGUGUGUAAAAUGGGAGCAACAGGUGGAUGCUGACAGUCGCCAUGU